AUGUCAAAUAAUGUUAUUAAGCGUAUGAAUAAAAAAUUAUCAAAUAAAAUUAAUCGAACAAAUAAAAACGAUGAUGAAGAUAACGAAAAUAACAGUCGAAUUAUGACUGAUAGAGAAUUUAAUUUUAAUCAAAUUUAUCAUAAGUAUUCAAAAUAUGUAUUGAAAAUUUCUAAACAUUCUUAUGAUAAAAAAAAAUUCUAUUUUUUUGUCGGAGAUAAUUGUAGUUUAGUUGCUCAUUGUCAACUAUUAACAUCUAAGAUUACCCAUGUUGUAAAUACCGCAACAGGUUUUGCCGAAAAUUACACUGACAUGGGAGCCAGUAACCGGACCGGUAUAACCGCGGUUAACCGCCGAUUUUCAUGCGGUUUUUAUUGCAUGGGUAGAUCAAAUGAUUUAUUUUGUGUUGAGCCAAUUCAUUUACUCGUUUCAUCAAAGCAUGCUGAUAUGAAAUUAGUUUAA